AUGCAGGUUUCAGCAACAUUCAUGGACCUCCCCGCUCCAGAUAUCCAUCCGGGGGUUCCCAAGAACGUCCUCGAGGGCCAAAUCUUCAACCAUGAGGAUGUUGCCCAAGGAAUCCCCCUCCUUCCCUUCCAGUUACAGGCAGUUUCGCAGCAGCGCCAUUUCAAUAAUGAGAACGUGCCUCUCGACGUCCAACACGUCGAUGCCGUCGCCACUUCGUCUCCUAACCGAACUCGGUCUGGCCGCUCUGUACAAAAGCCGACCACACAUGAUGCUGAAAAAGCGGCGAUGAAACAGUCUUCCAAAUCUGCUAAAUUAUCAACAAAGAAGCGACAGCGCACGAAAAGCCAGAUAAAUAUCCUUUGCACCAGCUGCAACCGAGGAAACAGCCCCUCGAACAAUUUGAUUGUUCUAUGUGACGAGUGUGACACUCCCUGGCAUCAAAAGUGCCACGAUCCGAAUAUUGGCAACGACGUCAUUGAGACCGUGGAAGCUGAAUGGGUUUGCAGCGAGUGCAAGCCGGAGCAACGUUCAGCCAAACGCCAAAAGCACACCUCAACUCGCGGCCGUAAGCCAGCAACGAAGCGGUCUCCUCGGACCACAUCUGUUCCUCAAACCCCUUCUCAGCCAUAUAGAUCAGCGGAGCGACAGCAGCUGGUUCUUCCAGCGACAGGCGCCAUGGCUAGAUCUAAGUAUCGAGUUGGCGGAGAGGCCUUGUCGGAAGACGAGCGUCGGACAUACUUAACAUCUCUUUCGCACGCGGAACUAGUUGAGCUUCUUGUGGAUGUCUCAAGGGAUUUCCCUCGAUUCCCUAUGUUUCCUUCCAAUCUACAACCAGACUCCCAGGAAUCGGACCAAUCUUCUCAACCCGCGACUGCUCCCACCCCCUCAACAAAGUCAACCAAAGCCAGCCCGAAGAAUGGAGCUCGCGCUGUCUCUGUUACUGUUGAGACCCCGGCCACCGAGGAAACUUCAAUACGAACCCCAAAGGGACGUACCCUAGACAGGCGAACUCAUGCAACCACGGCUUUCCCAGACACGUCCUCUGACCCCACCUUCAGAGCUGCUAGUGCCGCCACGACUGCUAUCAGAAACGCCUCUUAUGAUGUCUAUGAGGGUGGUAAUCCUAUUAUCAGCUCUCGCAAUGGACUUCCUGAUAGACCAUUGUUUCCCGAUGAAAUCCCAGAGUCUGGAUCUCUUCUCGAAGUAUCUCUUUUCGGAGCACCCUCAGCACCCGUGAAAAAUGCUCCAGCAUCCGUACAAACGGGUGGCGCUCAGUCGACUCCUGCACCUCGACCCUCAAUGGCAUCUGACUUUGUGGACACUCUGGCUUCCCGGACUGCUGCCGGGAAUGAUGCGGGAACCCCAUUUAACACAAUGCAUAAAGCUCCAUCUAAGAUGGUGAUGCGCCCGCCGUCGCCAGUGUCAUUCUCUGGGAAUGACUCUGAUAAUGAUUCUGUAGAUUAUCGCGCUUAUGCUGAUGCUGGUGAGGGCUUUAAUGCUUCUUUGGCUGUGGAUGAUCGGGAUAUUAUGGCUGAGGCUGAGGACUAUCCUACAUUCAGUCAUUCGGUUCGUUGGAAGAAGUGA